CUGCAAGGCCCAUGUGGCUGCGUCCACUUGGCUUUAUUUAUUUGACCAUUUUCGAAUCUUUUGUUUUGGCUUUUCGAUUUGAAUAUUCAAACUCGAUGGCUUAAAACUCUUUUAUAUAAACACAAUAUCAACCUGUAAACUUUCAUCAUCAUUCAUCAAUCACAAUGCAGAUACACAAACUCUGUUUUAUUGCUCUGUUCUUAGCUCACGCAGCUUUCGCCGUCAAGUUCAACUUCAAAACCUUCGAUGGCAACAACUUGUUGUUCCUAGGAGACGCAGAGCUUGGUCCUUCCUCAGAUGGCGUAGGCAGAACAGGUGCACUCUCCAUGACCCGUGACGAAACCCCAUUCUCACACGGUCAAGGUCUCUACAUCAACCCCAUCCCUCUCAAGCCUUCUAACGACUCAGCUCCUUACUCAUUCCAAACCUCUUUCACUUUCUCCAUCACUCCUCGCACCAACCCAAACUCCGGUCAAGGCCUCGCCUUCAUCAUCGUCCCCACCGCCGAUAACUCCGGCGCCUCGGGCGGCGGCUUCCUCGGGAUCCUCAACAAAACCAACAACGGGAAGGCGGAGAACAACCUCUUCUCUAUCGAGUUCGACACUUUCAAGAACAAAGAGUUUCAAGACAUUAGCGGUAACCAUGUCGGACUCAACAUCAACUCCAUGACUUCAAAUGUUGCUGCGAACGCUGGUUAUUGGGUUCAGACGAGUGUCGGGAAGAGGAAAGUUUGGUCGUUUAAAGAUGUGAAUCUGAGUAGUGGAGAGAAGUUCACGGCUUGGGUUGAGUUUAGAAAGAGAGACAAUAGGAUUACGGUUACGCUCGCGCCUGAAAACGUGAAGAAACCUAAGAGACCUUUGAUUCAAGGUCCGAGAGAGCUCAAUGAUGUUCUUUUGCAAAACGGUUACGUCGGUUUUGCUGGAGCCAUGGGACGUGGCGUUGAGCGUCACGACGUUUGGAGCUGGUCCUUUGAAAACGACGCCAAGAACAACUAAACCGGUUUGGUUUUUGGUUCGGUUUUGGUAAGUUGAGCUUGCUUUAUUUCUGUUUAUUGGAGUGAAUAGUUAACGUUCAAAAUUUAAAACAAAUAAAAAGCCAAAUAUGUGGCUUAGUAUCUGCACUUUUGUAAUUCAUGUUGGUUUCAAUCCGAGAUUGAUAAUAAAAUGAACAUUUUAAAAAA